AUGAAAACUGACGAAAGAAAAUCUCAAGAAAAUACGGAAAUAAUUUUCUUAUGUAGAGUUUGUGUAAACAACUUCAAGCCAUUCAUUCAUCUUUUACCCCACGAAGUUCUCCGCUCACGACACGAAAUAUUUUUUCAUCUCAUUCGGCUUCUCUGCUUGAUACAUGGACAAAAUAUCUACAAACACAUUGUAAAAUCCUCUGCAUCAGAUUUGAAUGUCAGAGACAGGAUAGCUCAGACAUUAAAUGAACAAUAUUCAACAAUAAAAACAUUUUAUUUGAAUAUUCAAGAUGAAAGUCUCUUAGAAUUUAGCAGCUGUAAGCAUCUAUCACUUGAAAUAAUAAAUAAGAAUAACGAGAUAAGAUUGUUCAUCAUAAAAGCUUUUCGUGCAUUUGAUCAUGGAAAAAUAUUUGCUUUGAAAUUCAAUCCAAUGUGA